AUGAAGCAAUUAAAUAUCAGGAAAAGAAAAUCAUCAGAACCAACAACAGAGAAUCAAGAUCAAUCGAAAGGUCAAGAUCAAAAUGAUCUCAACAAGGAAACACCCAAACCAACUUAUGGUACUACUCCAGAUGGAACUCUCUUCAAAAUUCCCGAAACUCAUGACGUACUCUCUUCACUCUUCAAUCCGAGUUUACCAAAAUCGAAUUUAGAUUUAAUCACUUUAUCCUCAUUAUCAUUUCAAAUCAUCUUGUUUAAUUUCUUUAGUAUGAACACCUUGAGAAAGAUUUAUUUGAUAUCAUUUAUUUUUUGGAGAUUAAGUUAUAAUGUUGGAUUAGGUUGGAUCUUGAAAAAACAAUCAGAACGAAAGUUUAUUGUCAAAUGGAUCUCAUUAAAUAAAUAUUUUGAUUCGAAAGUUUAUCCAAGGUUUUCAAAAUGGGUUGAAUUACAAUUGAAUUCGAAAAUGUCACAUUCAACUGAUUAUCAAUUUGAUUCAGUACCUAUCGAAUAUAAUAUUUGGUUAUUGUUUCGUCAAGUAGUAGAUAUCAUCUUAUUAAAUGAUUUCUUAUCUUACUUUUUAUUUUGUUUUACUUCUAAUCAUUCAUUUGAAUUUCAUACAUUACCUAGGAUUUUAGUUGGAGUUGGUUUAGUGGCAUUCAAUGUAUGGGUGAAAUUAGAAGCACAUAAGAUAGUACAUGAUUAUGCUUGGUAUUGGGGUGAUGCGUUCUUUAAAUCACUUCAUACGUUGGUUUUCGAUGGUGUUUUCGAAAUGGCACCUCAUCCAAUGUAUUCGAUAGGUUAUGCAGGAUUCUAUGGUGCAAGUUUGAUUACUGGUUCAAGAAUGGUGUUCUUUGUUUCAUUAGGUGCUCAUCUUUGUCAAUUUGGAUUUUUGAUUUAUUUCGAAAACCCUCAUAUCGAAAGAACUUAUGAUCAAAUCAAUUCACCUGGAAUUUAUAAUCCAACCAAAUCAUCGGCUCAUAAAACUAAUUUUCAUCAUUCAAGACCAUUAACUAGACAAGAUUUAGAUCAUAAGUUUUUUAAAAAACAAAUGAUUGGACUAUCGAAUUUCGAUCCAUUACGUUCGACAGAUUUAGCCACCAGUUUAAGUUUAUUGUAUUCGAUUUUGUUUUUAAUUUUUAAUCAAAACAAAUGGUUAGUUAGUUUGAAUGCCAUUGGGUUUAGAAUCUUACAUAGUUUUGGAUUAGGUAUCUUAUUGAAAAAACAAUCUCAAACUAGAUUUAUUGUACGACAUUUUUUAAAAAGGUAUCAUUAUCAUCCUGAGAUCUUUAGAGAAGUCGUUUUAGAAGAUUGUUUUGGAAAUUGGAUGGGGAUUUAUAAUCUUAGUUUAAUCAUGGUUUAUGUUUCGUUUGGGACUUUGGCUUGGCAGUUUUAUGAGAUGAAAUCUGAUUUGAGUAUUGGAUCUGAACUAUUGAGGCAUACAUUUGGAAUGUGUUUAAUUGGACUUCAUAUCUGGACUGCUCGUUCUACUUAUGAAGUUCUAGGAAACUUUGGAUGGUUUUAUGGUGAUUUUUUUAUUGAUGAUUAUCCAAACGAAUUGGCUUAUACGGGGAUUUAUAGAUUCUUGAAUAAUCCGGAAAGAACUAUGGGAGGUGCUGGUUUGAUUGGAUUAAGUUUGAUGUCAGGAUCAUUCUUUGUGUUUGGGUUUGCAAUCUUUUCAAUGAUUUGUCAUUGGUGGUUCUUAAGUUAUGUUGAAAAUCCUCAUAUGAGGAAAUUGUAUGGAGAUGCUAUUAGAAAAGAAGCAGGGUUGACUAAAACUAUAAGAGAAAGAGCCAUGGUUAGAUUAAAAAGAACACGUGGGGUUAGGAUUGAAGAGAAGAUUAAAGAAGUACAAGGAACGUUUGAUCAUAUUUAUGAUGAAACAGUGGUGGCAUUAGAUGAGUUUUUGGAAAAGUGUAAGUUUGAAAGAUCUGCACCAAGGUUAUCUGGUGUGGUAAGAGAUACAAAGGUCUUAUUACAGCAAUCUGGGGAAAGAUUGAUCUUGACUCGUGUAGCGAACGAUCUAUCAAGUUAUGACACAAGUCAAUAUCAACUCACCGUUCACCCAUCGGUUCAUCAUGAUCCAUAUUCAAGUUCAAGUUUGGAUGAUCAGAGACUGUCGAUGAGUCCUACCUUUAUCAAAUCACUUGGAGAGACCAAUCGAUUGCUCAAGUUUCACGUAGGAGAACCCAUCACAUUAACCUGGACUGCACCACAGAACCAUUCGAGAUCCGAUUGGAUUGGACUGUAUCGAUGUGGGUCGAGUACAUCUAGGUUGGUGACCCGAGUAGCAAGUGCAGGACGAUGGUUACCAGUUUGUGCAGAAGAAUGGGAAGGUGAAGUGCAUAUCGGUUCAAAGGUAGAAGAAUCUGAUGAUGGAGAGUUGGACACGGCAGUGGGAAAGAAACCAUUGGCGGAGGGUACAAUGACCUUUACUGGUUCACAAUUGGUUUGGAGUGAAGGGUGGUAUGAGUUUAGGUAUCAUCAUGAUGGUAAACAUAAUGUGAUGGCUAUCACUGAACCGAUUGAAAUUUAUAUUGAAAAGGUAAAAGAAGAAGAAGAUCGAUUAGAAGUCAUGAAAGAAAAUGUUCGAAGUUUAGUAGGAUACUCACUCUGUUUAGAACCCAGCUUAAUACCCAAAAGUUUAACCCUUUUGAAUCUAAAUGAACUUCAAGAAAGAAAUGGAACCCCCAAAAAAUCAGAAGAAGAGGAAGAUUUUGUUGUGAUGAAUUAUGAUCAAGCUCGUAGGAUUAGAGAUGGGAUUGGAAAAUCAUUUGGGGUGGAAUUAGGAUUAGAUGUGAUUUUAGAUGAUGGGAAUGUGAGUAGAUUAGCUGAAAGGAUUUUAGGUGCUAGGAGAUUGUUGAGGCCUAUUUUGGGAGUUGAUGGUGGGAAAAAUGAUAAGAAAAAAUGAAAUGAAAUGAUUGUUCUUCAAAAAAAUUCUCAAGAAUUGGAAAACAGAAAUGGAGUCUUUUUUGAACAUAUAUAUAGAAGAUUUGAUUGAAGGUUUGAAUUGAAUUGAAUUGUUUUUUUUGGUUUUGAACUCUUGUUUCUCAGAUGAAAACAAGAAGAUGUAUGUACUCUUGUUUAUGAUUUUUUUUUGAUUUUUGUUUUGAUUUUUGUUUUGUUUACUGCUAAAUUAUACACGUAUGCAUUGUUUUUUUUUUGUUUUUUUAUUGCAGGUUGAUGAGGUUAUGAUUUAGUUGAUCUGAAUGUAAAGAAGAAGAUGAAUGUGUUU